UGUGUGCUAACUAACCGACCUCCAUAGUGAGUGUCGCGAAUCACUGGAUCAUCACAGCAGGACAGAAUAACAUCCACGGGGGUGGGGUGGACAAGCCACGCUCGGUUCCGCUCGGGUGGACCUGAACGUCGGACCCGCUUGGUGCACUUCGAUCGGAGCGGUGUGCUGCCGGUGGUCCCGAAGCGAGCAGUAUGCAUUUGGACUGCAGGCUGCUACUAUGGAAGGAGCGGUAAUGGUGGGCAGGGGGCCGACAGGGGCCGGGGUUCUCGUCCUGUCGAUCCUCGUCAUCAUCCUUACCGCGGAAGGCUGCAGGGCGCAAAAAGGUGAUGGCUGCGGCCCCACAGUGCUGGGCCCCAGUAGCGGGACGCUGUCGUCUCUGGGCUACCCGGGGCCGUACCCCAACAACACCGUGUGCGAGUGGGAGAUCAGCGUGCCCCCUGGCAACAGGGUCCGCUUCCGUUUCGCCGAGCUGGACAUCGACGACAGCGACUGCCAGGUCAACUACCUCCGCCUGUACAACGGCAUCGGACCUGCCAGGAGCGAGAUCGCGAAGUACUGCGGCUUGAACGUGAAAGUGAACAUGCUAAUAGAGUCCACCAGCAACCAGGUUACUGUUCAGUUCAUGAGUGGGAGCCACCACACUGGACGUGGAUUUUACCUGUCCUACUCCACCACAGAACACACAGAUCUCAUCACCUGCCUGCACAAAGGCAGUGAUUUUCCCGAGGCGGAGUUUAGUAAAUACUGUCCAGCCGGAUGCUUGACUUCGACCCAGGAGGUAUCCGGAACAAUACCAAAUGGAUACAGAGAGUCAUCUCCACUGUGUUUGGCUGCCGUCCACGCUGGAGUGGUGUCCAACGCCGUUGGGGGCAAGAUCCACGUGGUGAGCAGUAAAGGCAUCCCACACUACAAGGGCACACUGGCCAACAACGUCACGUCCACUGGAGGAACCCUGUCAAACAGUCUCUUCACCUUCAGGACAAAUGGCUGCUAUGGAACCUUGGGAUUGGAGUCCGGCGGCGUGGCGGAUAUUCAGAUCUCCGCCUCAUCCGUGUGGGAGUGGAACAAUGUGGCAGGCCAGCUCAGCGUGUGGGCGCCGUCAGGAGCUCGGCUAAAAAAGGCGGGCCUUCCCUGGGCGCCCUCCCAGAACGACCAGCACCAGUGGUUGCAGGUGGACCUGAAACGACAGAAGAGAAUCACAGGCAUCACUAGCACAGGCUCUACGCUGAGGGAGUACCCAUACUACGUGGCAGCAUACCGAGUCCUCUACAGUCACGACGGCCAGCGGUGGCUCUGCUACAAAGAAGCCAACUCCACACAAGACAUGGUUUUCCAAGGCAACAUCAACUACCUGGACGAGGUGAGGAAUAAUUUCAUCCCCCCCAUCGAGGCACGCUACGUGAGGAUAAAUCCAACCUGGUGGCAGCAGAGGAUCGCUAUCAAGUUGGAGCUGCUUGGAUGCCAAAUGUCUACAGCGAGGCGGGGUAUGAUGCCCAGGGUGUUUCCGCCUCCCGGUUUCACCCCUCGCCAAGCAGCCACGAAACGUCCACGUACAUUCGGCAAGACCACACCACCUCCAGACAUCAGAAACACCACCAUGCCGCCUCUCACCGGCAAAGAAGUGGCGCUGGCUGCCGUUCUGGUGCCUGUCUUGGUCAUGGUGUUGACAGCACUGAUCUUGCUGGUGGUUUGCGCUUGGCACUGGAGGAGUCGGAAGCAGAGCUCCGAAGGAGCAUAUGACCUUCCUCACUGGAAUCGAACUGAUUGGUGGAAAAGUAUGAAGCAGCUGCUGCCAUCCAAAAUGGUGGACGCGGAGGUCCGCUACAGCAGCAGCGAGGUGGGCCGGCUCACGACGAGGGGCGCCGUUCCUAGACUGUACGCCGAACCUGCAGAAUACGCACAGCCCCUAGUGAGCGGCGUAACAACUUUGGGUGCCCGGUCCACCUUUAAACCAGACGAGGGUCCUGAUCCGGGUUACAGCGACCCCGACCUGUACGAUGCCCCCAUCUCUCCGGACGUCUACCAUGCAUACGCCGAGCCCUUGCCCGCCUCCGGGACCGAGUACGCCACCCCCAUCGUGGUGGACAUGGGCUGCCACCCGUCGGGGGCCGCGCCCACCGCUUUGCUGCUGGCACGGACAGACGGCAGCCAGUCGGCCUAUGACACACCCAAAACCGGCACUGGACACGACCCCACCUACCAGGUGCCCCAGUGCGGUGCCACCAGGGUCGAAGGGGGCGCGUGAUUAGCCAACGACCCGAGUUUUGUAUCAUGUACACAUGGCGAGUUGGACCCGCUUGCGAUGGCGCCAUUCCAGUCGGAACACUGAAAGCGCAGAAAUGAAUGUUUGUUUGCGCGCCACAUGCGGAUCACAAGACGAGCGCGCCGACUACUGUUUUUCAAAAUCUGUGAUUCUUGCUCUUGUGAAACUGUGAUUUCCCCCUGUUACAAAGGUGAUGAUGGGAAAACAAAGAAUUCCUCCUUAGCUUCAUUGUCCACGGUACGUGUCGUCUUAGAAAGUGUGACUUGAACUUGUGUUACUGCUCGUGUGAUUCCGUCGCCGCAAACCUCGUAGAAUUCCCAAGUGAUUUUUUUACUGAUAUUUAUUUUUGAAUCCUGCUGAUGAGAAGCCCACCCGCUGCCCACCCCACGCUGCUUGCGCAGACCAAAUGUUGCCUAUUCUUGUGUUUGUGUCGUUCCUCAGCAGAAUAAACGUUUCAAAGUCUUAAUGUGAGAAAUAAAGCAAACUUUUAAAGAUUAA